CUGCAAGCAGAGUAUGAUUUUUUAUCGAGUUCGCUAUCAGACAAAACCGCUUGGGAGGUGCAGCUCCCCCUAACGCGCUGCUAAAUUGCCCGGGUUAUUGCAGCCGGCAGUGACAGGAUGAGAGAGAGAGAAUGCGUGAGGCGACUUGAAAACGGAACCGAUUUCGUGACAGAGACGAAAGAUGUGACACUUGUAACCUCGGAAUCAGAAUUGGUUUGACACAAGAAGGCAAGAAACGAAUGGUGAAGCAUGUGAUGACGGCGCGGCCGGGACACGCACAGCAAGAGAGAGAAAGCACCGCGAUGUGUUCCGCAGCGUCACCUUUCCCCCGAGAGUGAGCGGCCUCGCCUGCGCCCCUGCUUUCCCCACCCCUCCCCCUUCCCCCUUCCCCCUGGCCCCCCCCCUCCCACCAUGGUGACGCGCGCGGCCAAGCAGCGGGAGCUCUCCUCCACGUACCAGAGCUUCGCGGACACGGGCCCCACGUACUCCUACCUGGACCUCAGCCGCGCCCGCAGCGAUGAGUCCUUGAUGUGGGCGGCGGGCGAGGAGGCGGCGGCUCUCGUGGCGGAGCUGCGGGCGUCGCUGGCCGCGCCCCUCCCGCGCCUCGAGGACGCCCACGCCCCCGCCGGGGAGGACGACGAGCCCGAGGACGAGGGGCUGGAGAUGAGCGUCGUGCCCCUGCGGAGGGCGUCCCUGGGCAGGAUUUCCCUGGACAGGACGUCCAUGGAGAGGCUGUCUCUGGACAGGAGCUCCCUCGGAAGGGCGUCCUUCUGCGGCAGCGGCCGCUCGCUCUCCUUCACCGACCUGCACUCGGCCGCCACCUCCGCCGAGGACCUGCGCCUCUUCUGCUUCCACCCCGCGCGCCUGCCGUGCUCGCCCCACUGCGCCUCCUCCUGCGCCUCCUCCGCCUCCUCUACGGCGUCCUCCAGGAGCGCCGCCUCCGCCUGCGACAGCAAUCUCAGCAUCCUGGGAGGAGGCGUGGUCAGGCGCUGCAACCUGCGCACCUUCGGGGGCAGCUGGCGCUCACUCCUCAAAAUGGGCGGGAUGAGCGGGCGCGCGAAGGCGGCGGCCGCCGUGAAGAAGGUGUCGCCCCCGAGAGUCCCCGACGCGGCCGCCUCGCACCGCCACUCCGGCUCCUCCCUCAGCUCCGGCGUGUACAGCACGGGCGGCAGCGACCAGCGCUCCUCCUACUCCUCCUCCGUGGGCGAGGACAACCCGCCGCCGUCGCCCAGGAGCCCCGCCAAGGGCGGUGUCCCUUGCGACCAUGGGCAGCUUGGCCGCCAUGGAGGGGCCAGCCAGCAUGGAAACAACUCCCCUUCACACUUCCACAACCAGCAGUUCACCUUCCCAACAAACCACCAGCAACAGGUACCUCAAUUUGCUCACCUGAUGUGCCCCAAGACCUCCCCUGGCUCUCCUCACCAUGUGCCGCCAGACACUACGUAUUCCUACCUUACCUACCACCAUCAGACGUCCCUCGAGGACCAAGGCAUUGAUGUGCAGUCUCCAGGCCGUUCCAGUCCGGGCUCUGGGAGCGGCUCGUCCACUACUGGCUCCACUGCCUCGUCAGGAGGAUGCAGAAACUCCACCACAUCUUUGGACUCGGGUCGAGCAUCCACCACAACCCACACACAUCAGCAUAGGCUCAGUGGGCAGAGCUACGACAGCGGGUCCAUUCUGCGCCACAGCUACCAUUCUUCUAGCUCCAGCCUGGGCUCCAUGGAACACGAUGGGGCCAUUCAUGUCAAUGUCACAGAGCUGCUCAACAAUGGUGUCAGAGACUCAGAAGUGUUGAGGGCUUGGCUCACAGAUCUCCGCUUUGAAGAAUACUAUGAGAAAUUCAUUUCUGCUGGGUAUGACAUGCCUACCAUCUUCAAAAUGACGCCAGAAGACCUGAAUGCCAUUGGUAUCACCAAACCAGCACACAGAAAGAAGCUCAAAGCUGAAAUCACUCGGCUCAACAUUCCUGACAGACUGCCAGAUUUUAUUCCUGGCCGAUUAGAGGAAUGGUUAUCUAUUCUGCGUUUAGAGGAGUACACAGGGUCCCUUAAGCAGCAAGGCUAUACAUGCGUAGAGCAGAUGACGCAACUGACUUGGGAAGAUCUUGAAGAUAUAGGCAUUACAAAAUUGGGACACCAGAAGAAGGUGAUGCUGGCUAUCAAACGUGUAAAGGACAUUAUGGCUGGCAAGAAAUUUUCAAGCAAUCCAGACAGUCAACAGCAGUCGCACUAUGGAACUCAUGAAAUUAUGAUUUCCCGUGAAAACUGCGAAGGCCGAGACCAGUAUGCUAGUGUGCCAGAAUUCAGGACCUUUUCAGGCCCAGGACUCUACAAUAAUGGCGAGCAUAGUAGAUUGAGUGGACCAGCUGACCCUGGGGGUCACUAUGGCGUACCUGCACAUUACGGGCCUGGUGUUCAGUAUGGUCCAAUGCCACCUCCACAAGCACACGUCCAUCCUCUCCAAAAGCAACCCGUUGCAUAUCACCCAUCAGGCCAGUUCAGUGGCCCUCAGGGCCCAUCACCUCCAGGCCCAAAGGUUUCCAGUGGGCAGCCACACCCCUUACCUGGCCCUGGCCAGGUGCAGUAUAGACCAGAUGUGGUAGCAGUGCAGGUUCGGCCCGGGGGCAGAGGAAGAAGUGUUGAGAGCUUAGAGGAGCCCAUAUACGGGACCUACCAAACAUUCCACCCAGACAGCCGAAUCCCAAAUGUCCAGGGCCCCAUGUCCCUCGGCAGCCUCCCUCCCAGACCCUUCCCCCCCUCGGCUCUCGGUCCGUCCCACCCCCAGCGGUCAAUGGACGAUGGCGACAUCACUCCCACGAACGAGUACACCAUCAACUAUGAAGGUGGAGGAACUCUCCCCAGACCUCGCACAGCCAACAAACUCCGACCUGUUGCCAAAGUCACGGCGAAGACCAGGGUAGAUAUUCAUGAGGUGCCACAGUUCAUAAAGGACGGAAACAAUGCAAAGAAUGCAGCGCAGACUGAAGAAGCUAAUAAGAAAGAGCUCAACAUGAAGGCGCUAAACCGGCAAAAUUCAGAAAACAUUUAUAGCUCUACUCAUUGCCCAGGAAGCAAUAAUAAUACCCCACAGGGAACUCCAAAGAAACUACCCCCUCCCCCCCCACGCCGCUCAAAUUCCAUCAGUGAGACAUCGAAAGAGACAGCAGCCAGAGAGGCUCAGUAUGGUUACCGGCGAGGAAUGUCCUACGGAUACAUGGGCAUCAAAAACAACUUGCAGCCUGAUGUCACCCCUGAUCUCCCACCCCCUCCAGCCCCCCCAGAUAGUGCCAACCACCAGCAUCUGCCCGAUGACUUCCCACCCCCCCCACCACCUCUGACUUGUGUAACUAUGGCCAGUGCCACCAGAAUUUCUGCCAGCUCAACAAUAACCACGUCCUCCAUUACAAGCGACACUAUUGCCACGUCACAGACCUCCACCACCGCCUCAGACGGAGAAGUAGGCGAGUUCCGGCCAAGGCGCAACGACUCCAAUGCCAGCUUUAAGUCGACCUCCAGCACAGACUCAGACUCCAUGCCGUUUGCCAAUGAGAAUGCUGGGACCAUCAAGCAGCGAGCAUGCCGCCCCCACCCGGGCCUCAGCGUCCUCGACACCAGAAAUUCCCCACACUCCUCUCCAAGAUCUUCCCCUGCUCUGCGCCGCAAGGAGACCCAGCCGCCCCUCAGGCAGAACCCAAUUGCUGCGGCUGAGCCAGCCAGUACAACAGCCUCAAAGUCCAGUUCCAAGUGAGUGGCUUUGCUUUGCC